CUCAAGUUCUUUAUUUUAAUCCAUCAUACACAAUCACAAAUUUACAAUAAUUAUAAUAAUAACCAUCAUCAUCAUCAUCUUUCUUGUGAUGAUUUCUAGAUUCUUUAUUUUCUCCCCUAAUCUUUCGAUUCUCCUUCAUCUUUCUUUCGUUCUUUUCACUUUUUAAACUACUUUAUUAUCCCUUUUCUGUCACCAUCCCUAAUUUUCUCUCUCCUCUUUCGCAACACAACAUUCUCGAAUUCGCGACAUCUCUCUUAACUUUCUGUUCUUGGAAGUUCAAUAUUGCUAUGAAUAUGGUAACUUAUUACCAGAACUGGGUCAGUCAGCUAUUGGAAGAGUAUCAGUUUGAAUAUCCAUGGAUUCCAUGUACUUCUAUAUUAUGUGGCAUCUUCACCUGCAGAAUUGUAUAUAAUUUGUCUCAAUUAAUCAGUGGUAUUUGCUUCAAACACUAUCCUACCCUUCCGAAGAUGAAGCAAGUUGAGUGGGACAACAGGGCUAUAUCAACUCUACAUGCAAUCUUUAUUACAGCUUUGUCGAUUUAUUUGGCAUUUUGGUCCGAUCUCUUUUCUGAUGACUUACAACGUGGGCCAGUCCUAUAUCGAAGCUCAGCAUCAUCAUCUUUUGUUUUAGGGGUUUCAGUUGGCUACUUCCUUUCUGAUCUUGCCAUGAUAUUUUGGUUUUACCCUGCUUUAGGUGGAAUGGAAUAUGUGUUUCAUCAUCUUCUAUCAAUGGGAGCACUAGCAUAUGGUAUGUUAACUGGGUUGGGGCAAUUUUAUGCUUAUAUGGUUCUUCUUUCCGAGACAACAACGCCAGGGAUCAAUCUCAGAUGGUAUCUUGACGCAGUUGGGAUGAAGAAAUCAAAAGCUUAUGUUUUCAAUGGAGUGGCUAUAUUCUUAACUUGGCUGGUUGCUAGGAUUCUUCUAUUUAUGUAUGUUUUCUACCACCUCUAUGUGCACUAUGAUCAGAUCAAGCAGUUGCCACUAUUUGGAUAUUACCUCGUUUUAAUUGCCCCAUGUGUUCUUGGAGGCUUGAAUUUGAUGUGGUUUUCGAAGAUUACAAAAGGAAUGAUCAAGACAUUGGCAACAAAGAUGGAUUGAGAAAGGUCGAAACAGUAUUUAUUUCUCCAUUACUUUGUGCAUACCCCUUGUAAAUUGUAUAGAUAGUGAACCGAAAUGAAGCUGACUGGCUUCUUACAGAAGCAACAUCUCUAGGAGUCUUGGUAUGCAAUUGAUUCAGAAAAUGUUGUACAAAUAAAACCGCAUAGGCACAUAAGUAAAUGUGUUAGUGUUAUAUACCCUUUA